CAGUGCCAAGAGCCCUCCUUCUGUUGCUGGCAGCCACCCUGUCCCCAACUCUGGCCCUCUCGGGUGAGUACCAGGUGGAGAGAGAAACUAUUUCUGAAGGAAGAAACGGGGUCACUGGGUUGGGACCGCACCCGGAAAGCCAUGUCUCUGCCCUUGCCCAACGAGCCCUCCCUUCUCCCGGAGAUGGGCAGUCAGUUCCAAGCUCCCUUCUCUCCGCGUUUGGACCCGCGCCCCCUGCACACCUCCCAAGGGGUGCACCUGUUCCUCGAUCUGGCCGGAUGCAGGGUCACCGCGCGCCACUCCUAGGCUCACACUCCCUGCGUUAUUUCUCCACCGUCUUCUACAAUCCUGGCCACGGCGAACCUCGGGUCAGGGUCGUCGGCUGUGUGGACAACACACAGAUCUCCAGCUUUGACAGCGACAAUGAGAGUCAGCGAGUGGAACCGCGGGUGCCAUUUAUGGCGCAGGAUCCUGAGCAUUUGAAUGAAUUGACGCGUCUCGGCAGGCGCAUCUUAAUAAUUGGCCGAAUCGAACUGAGGACCCUGUUCAACUACCGUAGCAAGAGAGAGAAUGGGUCUCACACUAUCCAGGAUAUUUGCGGCUGCGACAUAGGGCCAGACCACCGCCUACUUCGUGGGUAUAAACAGAUCGCUUAUGAUACCCAAGAUUACAUCUCUCUGACUGAGGACCUGCGCUCCUGGAUCGCAGUGGAUACCAAGGAGGCUAAGAGCACCAGGCGCAAGUGGGAGGCAGCAGGGUUUGCAAGACCAUGGAAAUCUUUCUUUGAAGGAAGGUGUGUGACAUGGCUUCUCAAAUACCUGGAUAAAGGGAAGGAGAUUCUGCAGCGUGCAGAUCCUCCAAAAACAAAUGUGACUCAUCACCCCAGACCUGAAGGAGGCGCCACCCUGAGGUGCUGGGCCCUGGGCUUCUACCCUGCAGACAUCACCCUGACCUGGCAGAGGGAUGAGGAGGACCUGACCCAG